AUGGAACUUGAAUUACCACCUAAAGAAAUCGUUUUGAAGGAUACAACUAACAUUAAGGAAAAACUAAAAACAAAAGCUAAACCCAAAAAGAAAUUUGAACCAGGGAAAAGCUCUAUUUAUAUUGGUAAUAUUCCUAUCGAAUGCACAAAGAAAGACUUACAAUCUUACUUUAAGGAUGAAAAGGAAGUUCUAAAUAUAUUGUUACGUACCACUAAAAUCAAAGUUGCUGGUCAAAUAAAAGUGAUUAAGUUCGCAUUUGUGUCCUUUAACGUUGAUAUCAAUAUUAACGAAUUAAAUACAAGAUAUUAUAACAACCAAUUGUUUGGUAAUAAAUCACUGUUUUUCGAAAAAGUGGGGACUAAGGAAUCAAAUCUGGAAGACAUUGAAAAUAUCGAUGAAAAAAGAAUCAAAACAUCUGAUGUUGCUAAACUUGAACCAACAGGUCCUCAUAUUUCAACAAAUGUCAAGAAAGAUACUAAGAAGGAAGAAGAAAAUUAUCCGAAAAGUUUCCCAAAGAAUACACAAAUCAAGGUUAAUGAUGAAAAGAAACCUGUCGAGAAAGAAUUUGUCAAAAGUAAACAUACUUCAAAAGAUCUCGCAAGUUCAAAUACUGAUACAAAACAACACACAUUACAGAUCAAAAAAAGUGAAAAAACUAUAUUUAUCAAAAAUAUACCAUAUGAUAUUACUAAGAAGGAAUUGGCAGAGUUCUUGAAAGUAAAGGGAAGAGAUGUUUCAUUACCAAAGGGAAGGUUACAAGAUUUAACAACUGGAAGAAUAUUCAUAUCUCACAAUACGAAUAGAGGCUAUUCUUUCGUUACUUAUGAAAAUUUAGGACCGGAAGAAACGAUACAACAAAAGGUCGAAGGCUUACAGGGAAUGAUACUAAAAAACAGAAAACUUAUGGUGGACUUCGCAAUAGACAAAGAGGAGCACAAUGAUAGCUCGGUACCAACAACUAUAAUAUCUGUAACUAAGAUGUAA